UUGGCAACAAUGCGGAAAACAUCGAUGUCACGGUUCACCGUAAUCGCCCCACGUGCACGAUAACGACAACAAAGUGACCAAAAACGAACGCAAGCGGAAGCCCUAAGUCCGUUUAUCGAAAACAAAAAACAAAAAAUGCGAAACCGCGAGUCCGACUAACCUAACCUCAAACAGUGCUGCCAACGUGACGUUCGAAUAAUGGCGGAAAACGCGGCCAAUUUCACCUUCACGACCCAAAACAAACCCUCGAUUUUCGAGGUGAUCGCCUCCAAGUCGCUCAACGACACGCUGCACCCGGCGCUGCAGAAAGUCGCUUUGUUUUUAGCUACGAACGCCCCUCGGAAGUUUAAUUGGUUGGGCAAGCACUACGACGAGGUGUUCCUGAUUUUGAACUUCGGACUGCAGUACGGAUAUUUGCGCAACUAUGAUGCGACGUUUUCGGAAAAUUUCUACGGCCUCAAGCGCGUCCUUGACAAUAACGCAACCUUGUCGGAGCACCACAGACGCAUUUCGCUGCUUUUUAGCGUCUUGUUGCCCUAUUUCAAGCGAAAAUUGGACGAAAAAGUGGCGCUGUACCGUCUGGAGCAAGCCGACGGGUGUUUGCGCAAUAAUUUCGAGGGUCGCUUCAAGAAAUUGCUGAUUUUUUCUCACUCGAGUUUCGAAGUGACGUGGGGGCUCCUCACCGUCUACAACUACAUUAAGUACAUGGCGGGGGAGUCUGAGGCGCAGUUGCCCCUGUUCAAGUUUAUAAAUGUUAAGUUGACUUACGGGGAGCCGCCUCCCGAGGAGGUCGGUUUCUGGUCGACUUUGCUCAAGGGGCAGUUUCGGGACUUGUGGCAGCUGAAUAUUUUGAAAAAUGCGAUCACGACUACGUUCGAAGUCGGCGCCUUUUUCUUGCAGUUCGUGGAGGCUUGGAGUGCGCAGCAGAGUAAUUUUAGUAUGACAGCUCUACCAACUGUCAAAGCUCCAAUGCUGGACGGGAAGGCCCGUAAUUACCAAAAUAAGUGUCCCGUUUGUUUGCAAUUUUGGAAAAUACCCACAGUGCUUCCCGUUUCCGGCUACGUCUUCUGCUUUCCGUGCAUCCUGAGGUACUUGAGGGAGAACCAAAAGUGUCCCGUUACGAAUCUUCCAGCAAAGCCAUUGGAUAUCGUCAGGUUGUAUGAUAAUGAAUAAAAUACUGGAUUCUU